GUCGGUCCUUUGAAUUCGUCCUGACUGGAAGGAUUUUCAUCCGUUGGCGUCUAUCGAAAAUUUACUGAUUCGUAAUUAGUGCUCGAAUGAAGAGAAAGUACUGAUGUACUAUGAAGUGUAGUGUGUAACAGUUAAAAAAAACUCUGAAAUGAUGGUUCCUUCUAAGCAUGUUAACGGUGCAUACUGCCUGAUUUUUAUCCUUUAAAUAAGGAUUUACUUCUUUCCCGGAUACAGUUAAAUAUAUGAGAAAAUCUGUAAUGGUGGUGUGAAAGUUAUGGUCCGCGGAUUUCUAAUCUGACAUUAUAGUAGGGAAAUAUAAUUUCAGAAAAGUGGUGCAGACAUCGAACUCUCCCUUAAUUCGACAGAUUUAAUAGCAAUGAAAAUGUCUCCCACAAAUCUGUGUUUCUAAAUAAUAGUGUCAUAACUACGGAAAACAAUGUUUAAAGUUGCCAGAUGCCGAAGACUCAACGAGGAAAUAAGUAAUUACAGAUUACGAGCACAACUAAUGUAUCAUGGAAGUAGGUCAUCAUUAGAUUAAAGGACGCUUCGCUGUGGCCUCUACUGGUAGAUAUCCCCGCGAAGGCCUACGGCGCAAUCAAAAAGUACUCAACAAAAUGACACCACCAGACGUUGUCCUUAAGCUAAAAACAACAACGACGUCAAUAAUUCAUCUCGACAGAAUAUCCCGCCCCAUAAUUACGCACCGUAAAAAGUUUGAUAAGAGCCAUUUAUGGAACUUAAUUACCUCCAAGGACACUUACGCCAUAAGACAUCAUAAACUAAUGAUACUCAAUGAACUCCCCCGGCUCAUGCCCUAAGUUCACAUCAACUGAUACAAACAAAACGAUAAUUUUUGUUUCCUUUAUGUAGGCCAAAUUUAUUACAGAAUCUGUUCUCCCCAUCGCUAGAAUAAUUAACCUGUUUAAUAUCAGAAAUUAGGGGCCAUUAUUGUCUUAAAUUUUUAACCCUUAAUCUCAGAAGUAAAGACCCUUUCCGAGUGCUGUUCCGGUGAAGCGUGAGAUAAGUUAUAUUUGCGUGAACGUGUAUCCUUGUUCGUUCAAACUGGCUACGUUAGAAAUUAUGAUAACAAGACUUUAUCCUUCCGAGGAGGAGCCCAAUCUGUGUUCAGUAAUAUUCGGUGCGAAUUUAUCGAGUGGCAACGAUGACGUUGAUAUGGGGGCAGAUGAUGGACCAACAAAUGAGAGUCGAGAAGAUCCCCGCACAGAGGCUCUACGGCAAUUGUCCUAUGGGAUCAUUUUGCCUGUCAUUUGUGCCUUAGGCAUUAUCGGAAAUGUGCUUAAUCUUAUCGUCCUGACAAGGAGGAAUAUGCGAGGAACUGCCUACAUCUAUAUGCGAGGAUAUUCAGCCGCGGCACUUUUAGCUAUAAUUUUUGCAAUUCCGUUCGGUAUUCGGAUGCUAGUUCAUAAGGACAAAGGUAGAUGGCAAGACCUUGCGCCUGCUUUUUACUCAGCACAUUUGGAGCUUUUCCUCGGCAACGGAUGCUUGGGAGUCGGAGUUCUGAUGCUGCUUACACUCACUAUCGAAAGAUACGUGUCAGUUUGUCAUCCAGGAUACGUUCGUCCAUUUAUGGGUCCUCCAAGCGCAACGGUUGUGUUCAUACCUGUAGUUACGUUCAUUAUAUAUUUGCCAAGCAUUUUUCGAGGAGUGAUAGUUCGAUGCCUCCUGGAAAAUGGCACAAUAGUAUUUUAUAGGAAAGAUAAUGAGGAAUUUCUACGAUCAUUAUUUUAUUCGGUAUACAAAGUGAUUCUCGAGGUGAUAUUUAAACUCGUACCAACCGUACUGAUAGCAGGAUUCAAUUUAAGGAUAAUGAUGGUGUACCGUCAAACAUGCGAGCGGAGACGACGUAUGACUCUGUCACGAAAUUCGUGCUUUAAGGAAGAUGAUCCCAGAAAAUUCGCAGAAGAACGACGUCUUACACUUCUUCUAGGUAGCACAUCAAUUUUGUUUCUUGUCUGUGUAUCGCCGAUGGCAAUUUUACACGUGACGUUGUCGCGGGAAAAUUUAUCGAGUUAUUCUUUCCAGGUGUUUCGAGCCCUAGCCAACCUAUUGGAACUGACAAAUUAUUCUAUAACAUUUUAUAUCUAUUGCUUGUUUAGUGAAGACUUCCGCAAUACGUUAAUUAGGACUUUCAAAUGGCCGUGGUUUAGUAAUCCGAUAUGCAAACGCAAAAAUGAUGUUGCACUAAAAUCAAAACCACUACUCAAAUCAGAGAAGAAUGGAUCAAAGAAUCACAUCCACAACACAACCACGUCAGGAUUAUGUACUAUCGGAGGACGUUCCAGCAUUUGAUACAAAGAGUAUGCUGUGCAAACGGCCGUAUGAGAUAGGGAGAUGCCCGCUUAUGGGGCUAUUCUGUACUAGUCAUCCUGGCUAGUCCCUUUGUCUAUGUAGUUGCUCAAAAGUCAAUAUGAGAAGUGAAAAAAGUGCUUAUUUUUUCAGUUUUUCUUCCAUGCCAAAGAUUUGGUUUUUUUCUAAUAUUUUCACUGAAGCCAGUAUCAUGUAAAUAAAAAUUGGAGAAAAUGCUACAAAAGUCAAAAACGAAAGCUAACAAAAACGAAAAGGAAAUUGAUGGUGCGAUUAUAUUGUUACAUUUAAGGGAGUUUGUAAGGAAGACUAUAGAUAUUGAAUGGUUAAAUAUUAAUGUCGUUGGAAUAUUCAUUAACAAUUGUAAAGGAGUAGAUAUGAAAGUACACAGAGAGAAAUAUUUUUGUAUUCACAUUUAAAGUGAUUUUUUCAGGAUUUCUUUGUUUACAAUGGAUUUAGUUCCUACAGAAAAAUAUUUGAAUUUAAAAAUGAGAUACUAUCAAACUAGUUUUCCAAAUGCACUUGUAGGAGUUCAAAGUGAAAUCACCAUAGGAUAUUAUCUGGAUGUACAUAC